AUGAAUGGAAAAAUUUGUAAUAAUAUUGAGGAAAGUCCUGAUAUGAUACUUUUUACCAUUCCAUAUGUUGAUAUUCCUGGAGAUAAGAAAGAUAAAGAAGAAUUUGAUAAAAAUUACAAAAAUCUUUGUGGUGAAGUUAUUAAAAAGUUAGGAUUUCCAUCUUCAUGGAGAUCAACAUAUUAUAAUACAUGGGAUAGUUUAUUAUCAUUUAAUAUUUUUGAUAAAUCUAAUCUUAUUUAUUCAAUUAAAGAACAUCAAAAAAAGGGUAAACAAUCUAUUUAUAUUGUACCAAUUUUGGAUCUUCUUCCUUCUUUUAAUACUGCCACUAUAAUACCAAAUGUUUCUAUUCAAAAAAAUGUUAAAUUUUUGAAACCAUCUAAUGAUGUAGAAUUUUUAAGUAAACAUUUUACAGAAAUUAUUGAAAGAGAAUUAUUAAAUUAG